AUGGCGGCACACGGCGCCAACGGCGAGCCCACUGUAGGCUCCAGCGAACCUCGACAAAAGGGCAAGGCCACCCCGGAAACCAUCAGGGUAGGAUGCAUUGCCAUGGUCACGAAAGAGGGCAUACCACGCAGAGCCGAAAUUCUUAGUAUCAAAGAAACAAAAAGCGGACGGCAAUUCUACUGCAACUUCGAUAACUUCAACAAGCGUCUCGACGAAUGGGUUCCAACGGCCCGCAUCGAUUUUGAUCACGAUGUCGAAUGGCCAUUGCCCGAGAAGGAGAAACCCAAGGACCCCAAAACGAAGAAGGGCGUCGCCACAUCGAAGAAGCAGGUUUCCAAAAAAUCACAGAAGCGGCCCGCGAAGAGGGAACAGUCGGCGCCGUCAGAGGCCGCCACCCCACACCCAUGGACCGAGUUCGUCGAGUCGCAAAGCCAGAAGAUGACGCCCACAGCCGAGGAAAGCCAGGCUCAAACACCAGCGACCGGCGAUGCAACUGCUACACCCGCGGCAGGAGGCGACGAGAUGGAAAUUGACCUCGAAGAAGAGGUACAAAAGAAGGACCUACUAAGUGGUUUCAGCCGCGAAGACGAGAUCGAGAAGCUCCGGACGCACGGCUCUAUGACCCAAAACCCUGCCGAGAUCUCGCGAAUACGAAAUAUCUCCAAGGUGCAGUUCGGAAAGCACGAUCUAUUUCCUUGGUACUUUUCGCCCUAUCCCGAGAUCUUCAGCCAGGAGGAUGUUAUCUUCAUUUGCGAGUUCUGUCUUGGAUACUACGGCGAUGAGAAGUCUUUUACCAGACAUAGGCGGAAGUGCACGUUGCAGCACCCUCCCGGCAACGAGAUCUACCGAGACGACUCGGUGUCGUUUUUCGAGAUCGACGGUAGGAGGCAGCGGACAUACUGCCGCAACUUAUGUUUACUGUCCAAAAUGUUCCUUGACCACAAGACACUUUACUACGACGUCGAUCCCUUUUUAUUCUACGUCAUGACAACUCGAGACGCUAAGGGCUGUCACAUAAUAGGGUACUUCUCCAAGGAAAAGGAGAGUGCUGACGGUUACAACGUUGCUUGCAUUCUGACGCUGCCUCAAUACCAGCGCAAAGGUUACGGUCGCUUGCUGAUUCAGUUUUCGUAUGAGCUGUCUAGGAUUGAAGGCAAGCUAGGAUCGCCCGAGAAGCCUCUCUCGGAUCUGGGCCUGCUGAGUUACCGCCAAUACUGGGGUGAGAACAUCUUGGACCUCCUGAUAGGGUACAAUGAGCGUGAUGAGAAGACGACGAUCGAAUCUAUUUCGACAGCACUCGCCGUCAUUCCCCAGGACGUGGAACACACGUUACAAGCGCUUAAGAUGCAGGUUUACCACAAGGGCGAGCACAAGAUUGUGAUCCCGGAGAAGCUGAUUCAGCAAAGAGAGAAGCAGAAAAUGAAACAGAAGAGGCUCAUUGACGCCAGCAAAAUCCAGUGGAAGCCGCCUGUGUUCACAGCUUCAACGAGGACAUGGGGAUGGUAG